CAGGUGGGUGGAGAAAUCCAGAUUUGCCAUGGAGAAGAUUUCAGUAUCAGCCUUCUUGCUGCUUGUGGCUCUCUCCUACACUCUGGCCAAAGAUACCAUCGUCAAACCAGGAGCUAAAAAGGACACAAAGGACUCUCGGCCCAAACUGCCCCAGACCCUCUCUAGAGGUUGGGGUGAUCAACUCAUCUGGACUCAGACUUAUGAAGAAGCUUUAUACAAAUCCAAGACAAGCAACAAACCCUUGAUGAUCAUCCAUCACUUGGAUGAAUGCCCCCACAGCCAAGCUUUAAAGAAAGUGUUUGCUGAAAAUAAAGAAAUCCAGAAGUUGGCUGAUCAGUUUGUCCUCCUCAAUUUAGUUUAUGAAACCACAGACAAACACCUUUCUCCUGAUGGCCAGUAUGUCCCCAGAAUUAUGUUUGUUGACCCAUCCCUGACAGUCAGAGCUGACAUCACUGGAAGAUACUCAAAUCGUCUUUAUGCCUAUGAACCUUCUGAUGCAGCUCUCUUGAUUGACAACAUGAAGAAAGCUCUAAAGCUGCUGAAGACUGAAUUGUAGAGAAAAAUAAAAUCUGCAAGCACUUCUCUCUUGUUAAGCCAUGAAACAUGGAACCAGAGAUUUUAGAAAAUGCUGAAGAAUGCAGAAGCACUGGUGGACAUAAUGAUUAGACUAUGGUUUAAUGUUACAGCAGCAACUUUUUUAAGAUUUUCAUUUUCAAGUAUACAUGUAUAAAAAC